AUGGAGUCCCUCGUCCAGAAAAUACUGGUGGUUGGCGGAAACGGCUUCAUUGGCUCCGCUGUCUGCAAAGCGGCUCUGAGCCGAGGUUUUCAAGUGACCAGUUUGAGCACAUCCGGGCAGCCAUUUCGAACACCUAAGGGACACUCUCCUGCCUGGACCUCCAAAGUAGACUGGCGGGUGGGAGACGCGCUUCGUCCAGAAACAUAUGCGCACAUGCUUCCUGGUGUAUCUGCCGUAGUGCACACGCUAGGUACGCUGCUGGAGGACACAGGGUACAAGAAGGCGCUGCGAUCUGGAGACGUCGGCGGUGCCGUAAAAAGCUUCAUGCGAAGUGUCACCGGAGUCAGAGGGAAUCCACUAGAGAAGGGUCAAGGCAAGGGGAGCUAUGAGGUGUUGAACAGGGACUCUGCACUGACAGUUGCGGAGGCUUUUAUGGGAAGUAAAGCGACUGUGGAACUUCCUGGUCCGAGACCAUUCGUAUAUAUCUCGGCGGAGGACAUCUUUAGACCCAUGAUUUCCGCGCGCUAUGUUGAGACAAAACGGGAAGCGGAGAGAGGGAUCGAACAGUUGACGGCAGGGCGACCCGAAUAUCGAGGCGUUUAUAUUAGACCUAGUCUAGUGUACCAUCCCCACUUCCGUCCGUACACGUCCCCCGUUGCCGCCUUGCUCGACCUCUCCUCUGUCGUCCACUCAAAGAUACCACGUGGACUCCCAACGCCCUCCAACCUCCUUCGCGCGCUCUCGCCUGCAUUCCCCACGGGGACAGCGCCGUCGUCGCCAAUCCAGACAUCCCCUCUGGACUCCGUCGCGAACGCGCUGACGUUACCUCCGAUACACGUCGACCAUGUCGCGGAGGCCAUUUGCAUCGCAGUGGACAACGCGCGGCCGGAUAUACACGGUGUGUAUGGGGUGCGAGAGAUGCGAGAGAUGAUAGGAUGGUCACAGAAGGGCCAGCAGCCUUCCCUUCGCACAGACUGA